AUGAAUCCAUUGGAUGUAUUUCUUGAUUUAGAUCUGAUAGAGCAAAAAAAGCAGGGUCAACUGCAGAAUGCUGCUUUUAAUCCAAAAACCGUUUCAACAAAUCCAAUUAUUGCGUCUUAUAGUUUACGAUCAAAUUUUAUGAGAACUUUAACAAAUCAAACACAAUCUCCAAGAACACAACCUUCCACCGUUACACCUCAACCUUCCGCAGUACGUGAUUCUUCUAAAUCAACGUGUAGACAGGAUUACUUCCACCUAAUCAGAACAUUCCAUCUAUUCCUGCUCCAUCCAUUUCUGUCUGAAGCGGUUAAUACCAUAUCUCCACUUCUUGUUCCAGAUGAAUGCGAUAUACGGAGGCUGUUAUUGUCAGUUGAAAAUAAGACUCGAAAUUCGGUACCACAACCCUCUCGACCUCAAAAAAGCAGUCAAACAUUGCCGAAGGCGACAGCAACGUCAGUUGAUAAUGCUAUAUCGGUAACGGAAAGAAAAGAAGAUAUUGUGGAUGAAGAUAUGGGAGCGAAUAUAUUAGUUCAGGAUGAAAGCUUAGGAAUGGGUAAUAAUAUUGCAAUUGAUAUGAAGGAAUUGAUGUUGGAGGACGAAAAAGAUGUCAUGGAUAAUAUGAAAAAGGAUAAGGAUGAUAAUGAAGACUCAGAAGCAGACAGUAAUAGUACGGUUAAUAGUGCCAGAUUGGUGAAAGAAGAGGAUGAAUAUAUCAUCAAUGAAAAUAUGGUAGAGAAUGAGCAUUACGAUUUAGAAAGAGCACUUGGACGCUUGCUAAACAUAAUAAAUUUGCGUGAUGUGAAACUGGAUGAGAGUAUUGUUUUGACGUGUGCCGGCAUUUCUUAUGCUGAGAUCGUUGGAAAAUAG